GAUAGUGUGCUGGGUACUGACUGGUGCUGUACAAACAUUUGCCCACCUGAUGGACUGGCUCCGUUCGAUUAGUGACAGUGAUAUGCAGUGCUAGUUGACACGGUCUUCGUCGAUAAUUGGUUAAGAUUGCAGCCACACUGGCAACCCACAUGGCCCUAGGUCUAUCCUCCGGACUAUGUUCCGGAAGCUCUGGACCCGGUUCCGGUGGCCAUUCGGACACUUCUUCGUCGCCCGGUGUCAGUGUUCCUAUUCCCGUGACGCCGACUGCGAUGCUGCCGAAUCCGAUGUUCGCCCUGCCGACGUUGAACUUCACCGUGAACCAAGUGGCGGCCGUAUGUGAAACGUUGGAGGAGAGCGGCGACAUAGAAAGACUGGCCCGCUUCCUCUGGUCCUUGCCCGUCGCCCAUCCCAACAUCGGUGAACUGAACAAAAACGAAGCGGUGCUGAGGGCCAGGGCCAUAGUGUCCUUUCACAGCGGCAACUUUCGCGACUUGUACAACAUCCUCGAAUCGCACAAGUUCACCAAGGGUUCGCACGGCAAGCUCCAGGCCAUGUGGCUGGAGGCCCACUACCAGGAGGCGGAGAAGCUCCGCGGACGUGCGUUGGGACCGGUGGACAAGUAUCGCGUGCGUAAAAAGUUUCCGUUGCCGCGUACCAUUUGGGAUGGGGAACAGAAGACGCACUGCUUUAAGGAGAGAACUCGCAGCUUGCUGCGUGAGUGGUACCUGCAGGAUCCGUAUCCGAAUCCGACGAAGAAGCGGGAAUUGGCCCAGGCGACGGGCCUUACACCUACCCAAGUCGGGAACUGGUUCAAGAAUAGGAGGCAACGGGAUCGGGCAGCUGCCGCCAAAAAUAGGAUGCAACAACAACAGCUCGCCGCCCAGUUAGUCCACCCAGGAGGAGGAAGACAACCGCCUUUAAGUCCAACUCCUUCCGACUCCGACUCGGACAUUUCGCUGGGCGCCCCUCACUCACCGCCGGAACGGUCGCCGGGCAAUCUCCUGUUCAGCCGAUCCAGAUCACCGAAUCCCAUAACCUCCUUCAGAUUCGGCGCCCACUCACCCGGCCCGAUGCCCGCUCAGUUCCGAUUCACCGCCAACACUCCGCCCAGUUUCCGUUUGGACCGUGAAUCACCGACGCCGCCCAACUUCAAUCUGGACAGGAAAUACAGGAAUCAAGACUCGCCCAUCAACGUAGAUACCAACACAUCAACAUCGAAUUACAACACCAGAUUGAACUCCGAAUCGCCCAUCGACGUGGACUCGACGGAUUACGCGCACGACAAAGGUAGCCCGCCACCGCCUCAGACGUCGUUGCAAAACUCGCCGCCGAUGAAUUUGAGGAUCGCGGACAAUUUGAGGAGUCCGUCGGAUAUAAAAAUCGAGCAACCAUUACCCUUACGUUUAGGCAAUCACCAAAUUUCAACCUCCCCCCUAUCCACCCCGCUUCGGAUUCAGGUUUCGGCACCCAGUCGACUCGGGGCGCCUCCUUCGCCCCACACGAACCUGAACUUGACUCACGCACACGGGGGAAUUGUGAGAAUAGCGCCCCCAAGUCCCACGUCCAACCCACCACUUUUACAUAGGCCUUUUUCGCCUCCGAGACUCACGUGAUAUUCAUCCCACGAUUGGGAUAAACUGUGAAUAAAUUAUUCAUGCAAUAUUGUAUAUUUUUUAACGGCUUUUUAGUUAGAUAUUCGUUGCAUAAGUGUAUUUACGAAUAAAAGACAUUACAAGUGCAAAUACAUUUAUGCGAGAGUUAUGAAAAGUAAGUGUACCCGGGGUGUGAUCAAACUUACUAUAAAUGUUCAGUGGCAAUUUGUAGAUAUAUUUAAAAAUUAUAUAAAAUUUAUAUUUAGAGAAGCGCAUUUUUAGUCAAUUUCGAAAUGCACAAAAACAUAUUUAUUAUUUGAUAAUAAAAAUUCACAAUUUGGAUGCUGCAGCUAUGAUUUUGUUGAAGGUUUUUUCGAUACUAUUACGGUUGAAAUUGUGGUUAGAGUAUUUGUAAUGUAGAAAGUUCGCGUAUCCAAUCCUGUAGAUAAAUUUAAAGAACAGAUGCGUGCAUAUUAUUAUUGAUUUAAUCUUAUAAAAUGAGUAU